AUGCCGAAGGUUUACGUUCCCAAAAAGCGCCCCUACGACAAAAAGAACAUGGAAACAGCCCCAAAACUAAUAGAUAAUGGCACUUUAUCUCUUAGAAAUGCAGCUAAACAGUUUAAAAUUGACAAAUCUGCUCUUUCGAGAAGACGUACUCGUUCGCUUGGUAAACAGGGAAGAAAAACUUCUCUAACCAAAGAAAUGGAAGAAGACUUAAGUGAUAAGGUGAAAAUAAUGGCAAAAUGGGGUUUGCUCUCACUAAGCCAGAGAUACAAGCAAUAG